GAACUCAAUUCAGCUUUGAUUAGUCAAUUUCUUUUGCUGAUAAAUAGUCAAAUUUUCAAAUAAUUAUUGAGUAAACAUUUUGUUUGAUCAGUCAAAGAAAACAAAACUUACAAGGUGAAGUUAGAAUCCGGUUCCGAAGUGGGACGGCACACGCUUGUUCGAUGGACUACGAUUUCAGAAGCAGGUCGGGCCUACAAGCUCCGAUGUACCGUCCGCAGCCGCCACCGCCACCGAUGUACCGUCCGACACCGUAUGAGCAGAAUCCCACACCUUCAUCAGGAUUAGGAUUUGGCGUUAGGGUUGCUAUAAGGCCAGAAUAUAGGAUCACACCGCCGCCUCAUUUAUCGCCUCAUGCGGGAGAUAAUCCAAGGAGCAACUUCCAAUUUGAAUUUGAAUUAGAGAGAAAAAUUUUAGCUGAAGCGGAUAAGGAUAACCCAAAUUGGAGCAAAUUUGGAUCAGAAAAUAUCCCGACCAAAGUUUCUGAUUCUUCAACAGCAAAGGUUCCUGCUGUGGAUUCCAUUAUGAGCAAAUUUAUAGCUAUGGGGCUCAGCCAAGAAGCUGUUCCAAUUGCUGUUGAAAACUAUGGUGAUGAUCCAACCAAAGUUCAAGAAUUUGUGAAAGGCUACACACUUCUACGUGAAAUGGGAUUUUCAUCAAAUAGUGUUGCGGAAGCUCUGGUUAUGAAUGACAACCGUACCGACAGGGCACUAGCGCAUUUCCUUAACGGUUCAUCGUAGAGACUAUUAAUGACUGAGGAAUAUGUUAGUUUCUUUGGACGAUGAUAAAUAAUGGUCAGAUAUAGGUUGAAACAUGGGCCAUCUGUUGGUGUCCUUAGUUUUAUAUACACAUAUGUUGGUGAUUUGUGGAAUUGGUUUUGGUUUGAAAGGAUUGGUAAUUCUUAGAGAUAACAAAUAGAUCUAAUUUCCUCCC